AUGAUGAACCUUAGCAGCAAAGACAAGUCUCUUGGCGCUUCCUUUUUAAUGACGCAUAAGAACAAUAUCGCUCUAUGGUCGGCUUUACUCGUUCUUCUCUUCUUUUGCUAUCAUUUGUUUAGUGACGGGGACUUUUCCUUCAUGAUGACGAUGGGCUCCUUUGUUCGAGCUUUUGGCUUUGUUUUCCUCAUCUUUAAAGCAUUUUCGCAACGCUCAGUGGCUGGAUUAUCCCUCAAGACAUUGGAGUUGUAUGCGUUUGUGUUUCUCUUUCGUCUUAGCUCCAUUCUUCGGUACCAGGGGUAUCUCCCAUACGAUCGAAGUGGAGACUGGCUCUACACGUUCUUGGAGAUCAUAGCACUCACGCUCUGCUGUGGAGUCAUUUAUCUUGUGACAAUACGCUUUAAUGCGACGUACGAGUUGCGUUAUGACACUUUUGGAUGGCUACAUGUACCCACGGAGCUCGGUGCACUCUACAUCCUCGUGCCCUGCAUGGUCUUUGGCGUUCUUAUACAUCCGAAUUUGAACCGUAACUGGUUGUCGGAUGUGUCGUGGACUAUUGCACUGUACAUUGAGGCCGUUGCUAUCCUACCUCAGCUGUUCAUGUUCCAGAAACGUGGUGGUGGUGCUGUGGAGUCGUGUAUCUCGCACUUCGUGUAUGCUCUUGCAUUUGGUAGCUUCUUGCACCUCGUGUUUUGGUUCUCGUCGUACCAUGAGCUAGGGGAGAAGGAAGCCGGCCAGCACGUUGGCUACAUGGUGGUUUUUGUGCAGAUUGGCCACAUGCUUAUGAUGGCGGAUUUCCUGUACUACUACUUCAAGAGCAUGAAAGAAGGAGGCCCGAUGAUGCUACCUACGCAUGGCGCUUACCAGGCGUAA